UCAACCAAAUUUUAAUAUUAACAUUCUUAAUAUCUCAAAAAAAGUAUUGAAUGAUGGCGAUCACGGCCGGAAAACGAUUGAGCCGGUGGAACUCAGAUGAGUUUUUCGGAUAUUCCGACCAAACGGGGAGUUAUAUAGACGUUAUUUUCGGAUUCUUGGAAGAACAAGAUGAAUCAUCCCAUAAUUCAUGUGAAUCUAUUGAUUAUAUUGAAGAUGACGAGGAUGAAAAUUCUUGUAAUUCUGAAGAGAAUAAAAUUUUUUGGGAGACACAAAAUGAAAUUCUUCAGGCAACAUUGUACAGAACUAGUUCGCUGGAAAUGAGAAUCCGACAAGCUACAAAAGAUGCAAUAAAGGAGAUUAAGCAGUUAGGUUUGCAUUGCCGGUGUCACAAACCGGCGACCGGAGAUUGCCGGAAUUGUUUGCAUAGAGAGAUAUCGGAACGGUUACAAGCUGAAGGUUAUGAUUGUACCAUUUGCAAGUCCAAAUGGAAGAGCUCACAUGAUAUUCCAUCAGGGGAUCACAGUUUCCUUGAAGUUGUAGAGAAAUCGAAUUCCAAAAAAGGGGAAGUAAGAAUACUAAUUGAAUUAAAUUUUCGAGCCGAGUUCGAGAUCGCAAGAGCAUCCGAAGAAUAUAAUAAAUUAGUCAAUAAAUUACCAGAAAUAUAUGUUGGAAAAGAAGAGAGACUAAAAGGACUGAUUAAAAUUUUAUGUUUGGCUGGAAAAAAAUGCAUGAAACAGAAGAAAAUGCACUUAGCUCCAUGGAGAAAACAUAAGUAUAUGCAAUCUAAAUGGCUAGGAACAUGCGAGAAAGCAACAUUACCGACUCCGUUUCCGGUCGGAUUUUCAGAUCGGACGGCAGCGGCGAAGCCUAGAGCCUCCAUGUUAACUUAUGACAUGAUGGAGAGUUUGCCUGUCUUGCACUGCACUGCAGUUAAAGUUUUAUGAUCAAAAUUAUAUGCUAGAUAGUUAAUGAAUGGUGUUUUAUUUUAAUGAAUUAGAUUAUACUAUAAUUUUACUAGAGAUAGUAUUAAGUCUUAUUAAUAAAAUAAGAAUUUAGAAUUUAAUUUUUA